GGAUUCAGAGCAAGAAUGGACUAGUCCAACUCUCUCAUUUCCCAGAGGUAGAAAUGUAAAUCCAGAGAGUAUUUGCUCAAGAUCAUACAAGUAGCAAGUAGUUGAAUCAGAAUCUAAACUUGGGUCAUAAGACUCAAAAUACAUGUCUACUUUUACUAUACCAUAUUUCCACAUGGGAGUGGGAAUGGAUGAUAAAAUGAGUCUUGGAUCUUUUUAGUAUAUGGAGACUGAGUGGGGAGAGACCUGAGAACUUGGGAAUCAAGGAUGAUAAGAGGAAAAAGGCUUCUGGAGCAUGGUUGAAUGAAAGAGGAAAAUCAAAGAAAGAGAGAACAAAAAGGGAACAGAUUAGGUUCUUCAUAGGGCUCCCCCUCCCACUUACUGUUACUUCCUGUGGCUGUCAUUUUGUUCCAUGGCAGUUAGACUUCCCUCCCCCCUUUACGGGCUGGAAUCUUGGCCUGGAUUUAGGAAAUGGGAAAAGGUGUAUAAGAAGGAUUCCCAAGACACUUCUGGACCUCAUCCUUUACCUGCUCAGUGUGAUGAACGCUUUUACUAGGCAUACCAUUUCCCUUCCUGCAAAAUGGAAGCUCAUGUACCAUGUCCGGUGGCUGAGUAGGGUGGCAAGUGUGGAAAUGAGCUUGAGUGCAUUAAUACUCCUGCUAAUCAUGACCUUCUCUUCGAAUUGGGUGCACGUCUCCACCGUAGUCAUUUACGAGCCUUUGUUGAAGUAUGGCUUGGAGAACAUAAACUAUACUUCUGAAGGGUUCUGGGAUUACUGUCAAAUUUGGACCUGUUACAACGAAUCAGAGAAAAGCAGAGCCUUCUACAUUCAUGAGAUGAGCAAGAUAUGUUUCUUACUUUCUCUUGGUUCAUCCUUGCUUCUCACCUGCUGGUUCCACUGUGUCUUCGUGCCGGUGGUAAAACAUCUCAAUGUCUUCGACUGGAGUGGGGGCUUGGCCAGCUUAUUUACAGCCUGCUUUAUUUUCUUCACUAUCAUAUUAUUUCCUAUUCAUCUCUGGAUCCAAGAGCUAAAAACGAAUAAGAGGACACUCUUGGGCUGGAGCUACUAUAUUGGUUGGCUGGUGUUCCUGUUAUACAUCUUAUGCGCCAUCCUUUGCUUUCUCAACUACAAGGAUUCUUGGAGAGUGUGUCCUCAACUAUGAUCACCUAUCAACAACUAUUGAUUGCCCUAUAAAGAAGAAAACUAGAAUGUCUUUUCUGCUCUGGAUCCAGGCUAAAGAAGUGAGGGAGGGGAUCCCUUGGUAUCCUGGAGAAUGACACCUGUCUAGGGUCUGUACUCCCUUUUUGUGGCUGAUGGACUCUGACUAUGGAGGAAAGCCAAUCCUAGUAGGAGCCCUUGAUUCCUAACCCAUCCACAGCAGACCCUGCAGGCUUUAUUUUGCCCCCUUCUACUUCUGCACCUUCUUUUCCUACUAUCCAGUCUCAGGAUCAGUUUAAUGGAAUAAAAUAUUGGACUAUA